AUGGACAUUGCUGCUCUUUUAACCUCUGCUGGAAUUAACAUCGCAGUGUGCGUGGUGCUCUUUUCACUCUAUUCCAUAUUAAGAAAACAGCCCAGCAAUGUCAAUGUGUACUUUGGAAGAAGGUUAGCUUCUAGGCGUUCACAAAGCAAUGAUCUUUGUUUGGAUAGAUUUGUUCCCUCUCCUAAAUGGGCAAUGAGAGCAUGGGAAAUGACUCAAGAGGAAAUGUUGACUAUCGGUGGCUUGGAUGCUGUGGUUUUUAGCAGGAUGGUUGUGUUCAGUAUUCGAGUAUUUUCUGUUGCUGCUGUCGUAUGCACUGUUCUAGUGCUUCCAGUGAAUUAUUAUGGUCGGGACAGAAUACAUAAGAAUAUACCUUUAGAAUCACUGGAAGUAUUUACCAUUGAGAAUGUUAAAGAAGGAUCCCAGUGUCGGUAUGCUGCUCUUACGGUUGCUCAAAGUCUUCAAACAUCAAAUCCUAUGUUAUGGGUCACAGACCUAGCUCCGGAACCACAGGAUGUUUACUGGCCCAACCUUUGCAUACCAUACAAGCAACUUUGGAUUCGUAAAAUAACUACAUUUGCGGCUUCUGCCACCUUCGUCUUUGUAUUCCUUAUCCCUGUUACAUUCGCACAAGGCUUGACUCAACUGGACAAGCUUGAGAAAAUGUUCCCUUUUUUGGCAGGGAUGCUUCAAAAAUUCAUACUCGGCUAUGAUGAGGAUGCAAUGAAUAGUAGCUAUACUUUUCCAUACCAUACAGAAGUUCCAAGGAUCUUACUGUUUGGGUUCCUUGGGUUCACCUGUUCUAUUCUGGCACCACUAAUAUUGCCCUUCUUAUUGUUUUACUUUGUACUUGCGUACCUCGUUUACCGAAACCAGUUGUGGCCUAUAGCUCACAACACAGCUGUCCUUUCAUUGCUCGUCGCUCAAGUUAUUGCACUUGGGGUGUUUGGACUAAAAGAGUCACCAGUUGCAUCAGGAUUUACCAUUCCACUGCUGAUUUGCACAGUUCUAUUUCACCAAUAUUGUAGGCAGCGAUUUCUGCCAGUAUUUAAGAACAAUGCAACACAGGUUCUUAUUGACAUGGAUCGGAGAGAUGAGCGUUGUGGGACAAUGGACCAGAUUUAUGAACAAGUGAAUGCAGCGUACUGCCAGUUUUCUAGUUCUACUCAAUCCGAAUGUUUCGGCAGUCAAGGGGAGGGAGAACUUGUUCGAACACCAAAAGAUUUGGAGACAGGCAAUAAAAUUGGCCAACAAGAUGAUAUCAUUGCCACCGAUACUUGGCGGAAGUAA